UGACAGCACACUUACAUUAUAUAGUUUUAUGGAAGUGAUUUAAUAAUUGAAAAUAAAAAUGGGUAAAAGAAAGUUCGAUAACGAAUCCAGCGAAGUGACGAAGAAGAAUAAAAGUCAUUCAGAGGAUAGUCAUUCAGAAAAAAAUGAUAAUAUGGAUGUCGAUACAGAACAACCUCAAAAUGAAGAGGGUUCUGAAAUUGUAACAAAAUCGGUGAAAUCUCUAGUGUUUGAUGUUAAACAUUUCAGAAAAGAACUAGCAGGAAAACAAGGACAAACGAUGGCCCUGACACAGUUCCUUCAAGUCUGUCUCAAUCCGGACUGUGAAGUAGAUUAUAUGAUGAAUUAUCUAAAGUCUGGAGGAAACUCGCAUGAGAUAUUAAGACAGAUUACACAAGACAAUAAAAAGAAUUUAACUCUGGCAACACCAGCUUUUCAUCUCUUUCACUUGAUCAUUCUCAAAGUGCAAUCUACACUUCCGCAUAUGAUAGCCAUUACAGAGGAAGCCUGUCGGUACUUUUUGAAUACAUUUAUUCCAACUAUUGAAAUUAUGAUAAGUGAAAAUUCAGGUCCACGUCAUAGAAAAAUUGUCUUAAAUUUACUAACAUCCAUGGUGACAUUAAACUCUGAAUUAGGUGUAGAAGUUCUUAAUCAAGUUCCUUUGACGCCUAAAAAUUUACAACAUGUAGUUGAGAAGCCAAAUUAUAAAGAGAAAGACAAUGUCAGAACGGCAUUUGUACAUUUUAUGACAUCAUUUCUUGUUGAUGGUCAUUUACCUUUAAUAAAAGCAUUGCUUGAAAAACAAGGAUUACUGUCACUUGUUAUUCCCGGAUUGGUUCAAGAUGAGGCAGAUGCUGUACUGAUGUUCCUAAAUAUAUUAAAAAAGAAUGUUAUUGACAAUACUUUCAUUUCCAAAACAUUAAAAUUAAAAACAUUCAGUCAUCAAGUUUUACAUAAUUUGUUCAGAAUGUUUACAUGGAAAGGUCCUCCAGAAUCGAGUAAUGAACACAAAGAUGAGUCACGAAAUGAGAUAAUGAGGUUAUUGUCUGAUAUUAUACUGACAUUGUUUACAUCCCACAAGCUCGGAAUUUAUUUCAUUGAUCCAACAUUGGGCACCAGUGAUGCUAAUAAAAAUCAAAAUCUGUACAAGGCUUUGCAAUCAUUAAAAAGACCUUGGGAAAAUGAGUUUCAAUGUGAGGCUCUACUUCAGAUUGUUUACAAGUGUCCUGAUCUUCAUAGAGCAUUGAUUAAUGUUAUAGAGCCCAGUUUCCAGCCACAGCAUUCACCUCUUUGGGAGAAAACUACAGACUUCAUUUUAAAACUUCUGGAAAAACUGAAACCUGAAGAAAUGAUGACGAGAUUAAACAAUCUCAACCCUCAUCAGACUGCAAAUUUUGUGAGGUUCGUGACAAUGCCUGUACCAUUAUUGAAAUUAAUAAACACAGGCAUAGGAAAGGAUCAGACUAUUUCGUUUUACUGCAUUAAAGUACUUGUAAAAAUGUUGCAAACAUUAAAAAGGUACAUACAAAUUCUCGAAUUGGAUGACUCAAAUGUUAAGAUUAUAGAAUUAAAAAACAAACUAGAAAAUUUUCUACCUAAACACAUGCCAGCACCAAAUGUAAUAGUUUCGUUGAUUAACGAUAUUAUUGAUGACAAAGUAAGUGUAGAAACAACACAAGAUUACAAACUACCAUCACAAAAUAAAGCAGAUUCAUUGCUAUCUUUAAUAGAACUGCUGUUGCUUUAUAAUCAUCUGUACCCAGCCUCCAUUGAGACUAUUGAAGGCACUAUUAAUAUGAAAAAGAUUUUACAAAUUUCAACUACUCUUUCAACUGGUCAUAUAUCACUUUUGAAAUUUAAAAUAGUUUCUCUAUGGCUCACAUUAGACAGCUCGGUGUUAACACUUCAAAAUUCAAUGUUUAAAGAUUUAUUUUUAAUAAUGUUGGAUGUUUUUACGAAUGAUGAAGAUGACACAUGGAUGGAAGCUAAAGAUACCUUAUACAUGUUCUUUAAAAAUACUGAAAUAUUCGAAGCCGAUGAAGAUGAGAUACAUUUAAUUCUUUACACACUAAAAAACAGCAAAGUAAAUCCUAUAUCAUUGAUAGGAGAUAUAAUUGAAUAUGUACUAAAAAAUAGGAAUGAAUUAUCUGAAUAUAUAAAAAAUCAAAUGGUUAACUUUGAAAUCUCAGACGAAAAUAGCAUGACGAAUUUAGAUAAAUUAUUUAAUGAUUUAAUGCACGGUAAAAUGAUCGAGGACAGUUUUUUCUUAGAGAAUAAAAUGCCUUCAGCGUUCAUUGUAGGAUGCAUACAAUAUAUACAAAACAACAAAGAUACUAAAAACCAAUUAAAAUCGUUUAUAUGUCUGUACAUAGUUAAUUUGUUACACAGUAACUAUUCACCUGAGCUUACAGAAGUUCUAAUGAGCGACUCUAAGUUAGAUAUCAGAACUUACAUAGCUGAAUGGACGUUUAGACCGGUUUGUUUUCCUGAAACGAAAAGCAGUGAUGUUACAUUAAUAAAUAUAUCAAAAUCGAUAAUUGGAAACGAAGAUAUACCUUUGACGAAUAUAUUUCGUUCGUUAAUAGAAUCAGCAGAUGAAAUUGAUUUGACUAUAAUGGGUGUUACCUAUAAAAUAGACGUCACAAAACAGAUUAAUAGUUCAGAUUUAUACAUAUGGGCUAAAUACCUUAUGUUUUGUGUGGUUAGAUUGACACAUAUGGAUAACUUUACAUCAGAACAGCAAAAGAAGAUCUUGAAUUAUUUCGAAAUUAUUAUUUCACUAGGAAAACGACACCUCAUGUUGAAUGUUUGUAGGAGCAUUAUUUUGAAUAUGUUCAAGAAUGCACACUUUCUCAAAAUAUUCCAACCAAUAGACUUAAACAAGAACUCAUCAAGUAUUUUGGCUACUGAACUAUUAGUCAAUAUAAUAGAAAAGAAUAAUGAUCUAAUAAAUUAUCUCAAUAGAAAACAUUUUAUUUUGAAGUCAUAUCAACAAAAAACCUAUAAUGAAAUUGUAAAAUGUUUCAUUAAAAUUAAGAAAAGGAAAACGGUUAACAGUGGCCUAACUAUAAGAGUUCUAGAAACCGUGGGCUUGUCUAAAGAUGAUGAUUUAAAAGUUUUUGAGAGUAUAUUUUCUGCUGAUACAGAAGUUUGCUUUAAGGAAGACAAAGAACCAAGUCUACUACUUGAAUUGCUGUGUGUAUUGAUAAAUAAAUAUUCCAAUUCAAUUUCUUUAGAAUUAUCGAAUGAUGUUUUGACGAAAUGUAUGGAUUUAUAUGGAAAAUUGUUGGCCAUAAAAGAGAUUAUACCAAAUUUAACUUGUUUGGAAGAGUCUUUAGUUAAAUAUUUCGAAAAUAAACCACAUCAAGCUCAAAGUGUAAAUGAUGAACAUUUUAAGAAGUUCUUUUACGCAAAUUCAAUUAGAAAAACGACGUCGUUAUUGGGUUAUACGAUUCUGAAAUUUAACAACAAAUUUUGUGACAUUUUUAAAGAAGAAAUUAAUAGAACCGAAAUACUCAGCCAAAGGGAAAUAACUUUACCAUUAGGUAAUGCCAUAAUAGAUCAUAAUCAGUAUCUAUCAGAGAACAAAGAGAUUCUUACUAUGAUUUAUAAUGAAUAUAAAUCAAAUAUAAACAAGUUCUUAGAGAAACCACAUAAAGCUGGUCAAGUAUAUUUAAAUUCGUGGAAGUUUAUAAGAAAACUGCUAGUUGAAUGUAUGGAUUUAAAUGAUUGCCAGAAAUUAUUUUCUAAAAUCCAAAAGUUUGAAGUAGUUGAACUAAGUCAUGUCCACUUAAUGCAGACCGUGUUUUUAAAAUUAUGCCUCUCGAAAGAUGGAUACAAAAAGGAAUAUUUGAUUAAUUACUUUUUAUCCAUAUUAAAUACGACCACAUUAGCGAUAAAAGAUAAUAAAGAUACAUAUGUUUUAAAUGAUUUAGUGUCGAGUGUAGGUCAUGUGAUACAAAUAUGUAAAACAAAUGAAAAUUUCCAAGUGGACCAGAAAGAAGAUUUCAAAAAGUUGACAGAGAGUGGAAUUUGGCAAAAUUUCUGUAAAGCAGUGCUUAAAGAUUCUCUUAAAAUAAGAACAGCCGUGCAAGAGAACAUAACCGGACCGAAACUUCUAUCGUUACUAUCAUCCCUUGUGAAAUUGUUUUAUCCAAUUGACCAUGAAGAUAUAGUGACACUUUUCGACAUGGUGACGUCACAUUCGGAAUUUUUAAAUGUCAUGUUAAGUUAUCAUAGUCCGGACAUAAAGUCGCGUCUCUUAGAAUUUUUGUACGUACUUAUAUCUACAAAUAAGUCAGUUAUGAAAACUCCACAAAUACCUGUAUAUUUGAGCGCAUACCACGCCACACGGAAUCCGUGUGACAGAUUGAUUUUAACUAUACUAAAGUUUUACGAAAGUAAUGAUUUGCCUGUUAAUGAAUAUAAGCCAUAUCUUUGGGGAGAUUCAGCAGCAAACCAUUAUGCUGUCAGAAAAAACAGAACGUCAACAUUAUGGAGUCAUCCAACACCCAACCAAGUUAUAAAUUUACUGGAUAAAGAUACAAUUGAAAAGACGGUAAGACUCUUCCCUGUUAACCAAAAAUUGGAAUAUAAUUACGAGCUACCUUACCGAAACUCAAACAGCUUAAUAAAGGGCUAUCUAGACGGAGCUUUACGUGAUGUUAAGUCUAAAUCAAAUGCUAAAGAUACGGAAGAGGCUGUCAAGAAUUUACUGUUAAAAGAUGACUAUAACAAACUUUUAGCUGAAGCACAAACCGACGUCGUUUCAAUAUCACACGAAGAAAACAAUGAAAUGAUAUAUGAUCCUUCAUUCUUGUUUCCUCUUCUAAGUCAUCUCUUGGCUCCAGGAUCUGUCGCUUCAUGUUUUAAGCUGUUAAGAACAGGUCUUCUGUCUGUACCUGUGAUGGGAUUUAGUUCACAAUGCCCCCUGAUGCGCGCGGCGGCUUAUCACGUUCUUCACAGGUUCUGUUUGCUGCUAGAAACUGAAACGCGACACAAAAACGACAAACUUCUACUCGUGGAUUUUAUUACAACAUUGCGUCAAAGUUUAUCUACCGCGAUCAAAGAUGCAGCAACCGAGGGAGAAUUGAAGGAUAUUAAAAAUCCAAAACUACCUGCGAUAGGUGCUUUAUACUUAGCUAAGGCUCUCUUAGUUGUCACCUCACCAUCCGAACCUCUUUACAAACCAGUUAACAAUUUCUUAAUCGCAAAACAAUUUGUUGAUCUCACUGUAGUUCCAGAUUUUCUUAGCCUCUUUCAUGAUAGUAAUGUAGAAGCGAUGGAGAGAAGAAAUUGGAUUCUUGAUGUUAUAAGAGACGGGACAAAAUCUAUGAUAGAUGUCAACGUAGUGUUUAAAACGAUGUGUCUUAAAAUGAUAAUGGAUUUCUAUAACACAGUUAUGGCAGACAGGAAAACGAAGGUGAAAAUUUUAGCCGCGCUGAAUUCUAUUGUUUCGAUACCUAGGGCUUUCGAAAUUUUGGUCGAGGGUUACGGGUUCAUGUCGUGGCUGCAUUAUGUGGUUCGUAAUAUUAGAAAAGAGGAUAAAACUAUUGUGAAAGAGAUGUUCGCUCUGAUCGGGAAUAUGAUUUAUAGUUUAGGUAUGAAUCUUUUUGUUAAAUAUUGUGCAAAGUUUGGUGUUAAUAGCAGUGUUGAGAAUAUAUAUGAUUUUAAAAUUAAAAGCGACGUGGAAUACGAGAUUUUAAGUAUUUUAUACGAUAUGCUACCUCACACUGAUUUGUUAGAAUACGACGAUGUAGUUUCUUAUAUCAAACUAUACAACUCAAUUACGAAAAGGUCGAUCAAGUUUAUAACGAAAAAGCAAAUAGCUAAUGUUGUGAUGAAAUGUAGCGAACGUUGUAAAAGUUCUGAGAAUGUAAAGUUAAUAAACCAAGCGGUAGUUUUGAAUAAUGAUACCUUGUUAGGUAGUAAGAAUCUUACAAACUUGAUUACACCUGAAUCUAAUCUAAUAAGAGAACUCUUGCAGCUCGUACACACUUAUGUCGCUUAGGUAAUAUUAUACGGUCUCACUUAUAGACGUUGCUUAGCGGCUCUUUAUUUAAACACUGAUGUCUCUCUUUCUGUCAUUAUCGAUUUGACACUCAAAUGAAGAAGAGACGGCAUUCACCGGAUAAAUAACGUUUACAAGUUAGGCUGAAAAUGUUUAUGGUUUAAG